AUGCCAAGAGGUGUUAUGAUACAUGCCAUGCAUCAAUUUAAUGAGUUCAAUGACACUUAUAUCGAUAACAAAUACGAUAUAUCUGACGAGCAAUAUUAUUAUGGCUCUAACAAACGCAAAAGGAAAACUGCUGCACCUCAGAAACGUGAACCAACAGAAGAAGACCCAAGAGAAGAUGUCAAAAUGAUAUUAAAAAAUUCACCAUUUGGCCCUAUAAAUUUGGUUACAAAAGAAAAUAAUGUUCUUCCUUCCUCUUUAAAUGGUACAGAACGCUCAAGUGAAAUAUUAAGUGAUGGCAAUAUAACUGCAUCUCCGGAACACGUUAAACUUUAUGCUGCUAUGUUAAAUUAUUUUCUUUUGAAGUAUAAAACGUCGAAUGAUUUAAAAAGUGGAUCGUUUUCUACGUGCCCAUCAUUAGCGGAAGUCAAUCAUGGUUUCGAUAAAACAUCAGGCAGUUCUCUUUCCAACAAUCUGUCAAACUUAUUUUAUUCGACCCACUUGAAUCAUUCUACAAAUCCUGUGACAGUUACUUCAAACAAGCAAACCCCUUCUAAUGGAUCUUAUAAUGAUGAGCUCUACUACUCAAAUUCUAAAGAAAUUGAUAAACUUUACAAGCACAUUUCUACAAAAUAUGAAGCGUACUUAGAUUGGCGGCAGAAUGUUAUAAAUUCUAUUAGCACUUGCAUAACUAAUAUACCUGUUCCAAAAUCUAAUUGUCCAAAUUAUGAAGCCAUGUCUAUUUGUUAUAAGUCGUUAAUAGACAGAGCUUACGCUUUACAACAAUCUGUGGAAUUAUAUUUUGGAAUGAUCCAAAAUUCUCUCUCUUAUAAUUCACUACCACACCAACAUUUAGAUGAUGUCACUAUAAAUUCUCCAGUUCACAAUCCCACUUGGGGUGGACAGACAAAUAAUAUCACUAACUUUCCAGUUCAACCACCGUACACCUCAAGCUCAUAUUCUUCAGUAAAUUUGUCGGCUGUUCUUACCGAUAUUUUUCAGUCUAAUAACACUGCAGUCAGUAAUCAAGAGUUGAUUAAUGAGUACAAACGAGUUUCCGGUGUGGCUUUUGAACAGUCUAACCAGCUUCCUAGUACUUAUGUAUCUGAGAGUCAAGCCCAAACCAGUUUACAGUUACCAGUGGACUUGACAAACUCAGAAAAAAAUAAAACCACCGAUCCCUUUAUUUUAACUUUGCCAUCACAUGUUGAGGCAAAAGCACACAACUCAGAUAAGUCAAAUAAAGAAAACCAUGACUAUUCCGCAAACAAAGAACUCGAUAGGUGUGAUCCAGCACAAAAGUCUGAACACAGUCGAAUUCCAACUCUGAAAGGAGAUGGAGAAUAUGCAUUCUCAAAUGCUACUGAACACAACAUGGUUUCUAACGUCGAUGUUCGAAAUGGUUUUGUUUCUCAAAAUCUAAAGCACGCAGCCAGCAAUAUGCUAUGUAGCUCAAUUAUUAAUUGCUCUCCAAGAUCUAAUAUAAAUAUGAGAAAAAAGGUUUAUUUUAAGUCAAAGCGUGUAAAAAAAUCAUUUACAUCAAAUUCGGUGCAGAACAACAGCAACGUUUGUCCGGAAAACUCCUCUCCUAAGAAAUCCAAUUUCAGAGGGACUAGCGAGGAGGAAAAUAAAGUAGCUCCUAAUUUCAAGCCGAUUGAAAUGAAUAGUCAAAUAUUACUAUCUGAAGCUCAUCCAAAUGUGAAAUUAUCCAAAGAUAUAUUUUAUAGUUUAAUUGUAAAAUCAUCUGGAAGUGCUACGCGAUUAAUCAGAUUACUGAUGAAAAGUUUUUUUACACAAGAUGAAUUGGCUGCUUCAUCAUUAUCUGGUGAAGGUAUUUAUAAACAGCGCCUAGAACCAAGUGUUACGGAAGCAAUUAAAAUAUUUAUACGUCAAAGACAUCCACAAUUAAAAACUGGAUCAAUUAAUUUAUGUAUGACAGAUGUAUGUGUUCAAGCUAGAAGAGUUGCUAAUAAUCAAAGAAGUCGACAACAUCCUUUAAGAAAUUCACCAAUUAUGCAAGAAUCUUUAAAAUCACAUAGAAAUUGUACAAAUGACCAAGAAGAAUGUGAUAAUCUAUUAGGACUUAAAAGUCGAACAAAUAAUUCAAUUCGUUUAAAUUCAACUGGGAAAUUGCAAAAACAUAAUCAUGAUAUUAUAACAACAACUACUACUACUACUUCUAUUGCACCUACAACAAAUUCAAUAACAAAUGAAUAUGAUUCUAAUUAUUGUAUAGAAAUGUCAAAAUCUGAAAUUAAUGAUACACAUUUUUCAGAAUCAGAAAAUGAUGAACCUAUUUUACAAAUAGUUGAUGAACGAAAUGAAACGGCUUCAGAUAAUGUUGGUACACCAGCAUCGUGUUCAGUUAAUUCUUUUAUGUCAGAUCAAAAAUGAAAUUGAAUAUCAAAUUUUUAAAAAAAAGAAAAGAAUGAUAAAAAAACAAAAACAAAAAUUAACUGGUAAACUAUUCAUAAUCUAUUGCAGGCUGUGCAUGUUUCUCACUAUCUCUAUACUUUAUUAAAUCCUCUUCUUAAUUUUGUUAAUUUAUUGCAUACAUAAUUGUGAAUAUACAAUGUGUUUUCUUUUUCUUUUGUUUGUUACCAUUUUCACCAUAAUAGUAACUAAAUGAUGAUCGAUAGUAAUAGAAAUAAAAAAAAUCAAAUUUAUAUUGGAUUCAAAUGAGUUAAUCAUGUCAAAUUGUCUUUUCUCUCCCUCCCUCCUCCAUCUCUUUAAUGAAAACCAAUAAAACUUUGUGUGUGAUAUAAGUCAUUAGGUUCUAUUAGUUUAGUUUACAGUAUAUUUAUAUUGAACUUCUUUGACAUUAUUGCAGCAUGACAUGUUUAGUUCUUUCAUUUUUGUCUUUCUUAUAUUUUUCAGAUCAUCUUCAAUUAAUCUUAUUGACUUUUAUUACCGUUUUUUUCUUGAUUUUAGCACUACUACUAUUGUCUUUUGUAUUUCAGCCAAUUUAUCUA